CAAGACAACAGUGCUGAGAAGAAUCGUGUUCCAAAGACUCGUCGCCACAAAAAGAAGACGUCACCAGCUCGAAAGAUCACACAUUUUCUUUUUGGCUACCCAGAAGGCCCUGAAGAACCACCAGAGGAAAUUCUACGGUAUACGUCGAGACCGAAGCAUCUUUUGAUACGGUGUUUGGCAGUUGUAAUCGAUAGCCCGUUCAGAUAUUCAGUUCUCGAUCAACACCUCCCGCUGAAAGUCACCACUACGCCGUCUUCACCUGAUCAUGAAGAUGACGGGCCGCAGUUCAUGUAUCUUGAAGCUCCUCCUACCGACUGUUACUGUGAUGAAUCAUGCACCGUACUGGGUGACUGCUGUUCGGACUACACCUACGUGUGUCCCCGAAGAGACUGUCGAGUGUCAGAAUGGGCUGAAUGGGAGCCAUGUGUACCGGAUGAAGGUAGCUGUGGCACAGGUGUAGAGCAGCGAGUGCGACAAAUCAUUGAUCCUCCUGCAAGAGGCGGAAAAGAGUGUCCAGCGCUCAAGGAGAUGCGUACUUGCUUCAAACAAUGCGCACAGAGACGUUCACUCGAC